AUGGGAUCACUAGCAACAGACUCGAGUCGCCGGGAUGCGAUCGUGAUUGGUGCUGGCUUCUCCGGCAUCUACCAACUCCACAAACUCAAGGAGGCUGGUUUCAACGCUCAUCUAUACGAAGCAGGAUCCGGGCCAGGAGGUAUUUGGUAUUGGAACUGCUACCCUGGUGCACGGGUCGACACCCCGGUGCCGACAUACCAACUGACAUCGGACGACAGCUGGACUGGAUGGAACUGGUCCCAGCGUUUUCCAGACUGGUCCGAGUUGCGGACGUAUUUCCAGCAUCUCAUCAAAGUCUGGGAUCUCACCGACCUGAUCACUUUCAAUACUCGUGUCCAGAGCAUGCACUGGGACGAUCAAGCGCAUGAAUGGCGACUUUCCCUGGAAAGUUCAAACACUGGUGAAGAGAGUGAGGCUAUCGCUCGCAGCGUUGUCGUAUGCACCGGCUUCGGGUCGAAACCCUAUAUCCCCAAAUUCGAGGGGAUCGAGAAAUUCAAAGGAGAACUGUACCACACUGGUUUGUGGCCUCAAACAGGUGUCAACAUGGAGGGAAAGCGUGUUGCAAUCAUCGGAACAGGCGCAAGUGGAGUCCAGCUGAUUCAAGAGGCGGCCAAAGAGGCAAAGCAUCUUACUGUCUUCCAGCGAACACCCAACACGGCCUUACCCAUGAGGAAUGAUCUGUACGACAAGAACAUGAACGAUGAAUGGAAAAAGACGUUCCAGCACACCAAGGAUAUGAUUCUCAAGACUUAUGCUGGCUUCGACUACGAAUUCGACCCACAGUCUGCUCUCAAGGUAUCACCCGAAGUCAAGGCUGAGUUCUAUAAGAAUCUCCUGUCGAGCGGCGGCCUACACUUCUGGCUUGGGACGUACUCGGAUGUUCUCUUUGACCAAGGGGCCAACGACGAGGCGUACGAAGUCUGGAGGCAGAGCGUAUUGCCCCGGAUCAAAGACCCUCGUAACCAGGAGAUUUUAGCACCGAAAAAGGCUCCACAUCCCUUCGGUACCAAACGAAUCAGUCUUGAAAAGGGCUACUUUGAGGCUUUCAACCAAGACAAUGUGGACCUGGUCAGCCUUGUGGACAACCCAAUCACAGAAGUCACUGAGAACAGUAUCAAGACGGCAGAUGGUACAGUCGUCGAGGUCGACAUGAUCUGCGCGGCGACAGGGUUCGACAGCGUCACGGGUGGGAUCACGGCGAUUGAGAUUCGAGGCGUUGACCCCAAGCAAACAAUCAAAGAUAAAUGGAUGAGCGGGACUUAUACACUAUUCGGCAUGACGGUUUCGGGCUUCCCAAACAUGUACAUGAUGUAUGGACCACAGGCACCCACUGCAUUCGCCACUGGACCGUCCUCAGCCGAGUGUCAAGGAGACUGGAUCACUUCCUCUCUGAUAUACCAGCGGGACAACAACAUCACAAAGUUCGAAGCCACCAAGGAGGCCGAGCAGGAAUGGCGCAAUCACACUCUCGAGAUGGGCGAGAAGGGCCUGUUCACCAAGGCCAAGAGCUGGUACUAUGGCGACAACAUUCCCGGCAAGCCUCGCGAGGCGUUGAACUACAUGGCAGGGCUUCCGACAUACCGGAAAAAGAUUUGGGAGUCGGCCAAUAACAAUUACAAGGGAUUUGAAUUGUCUUCAUCUGCAUAA